GAGAUUCGUACAUCAAUGGCUGUUCCUUUUGUAGUAAAGAAGAACCUUCUUCAAAGCGAUGCCCUUCAUGGGUAUAUUUUGGAAACGAGCGUUUAUCCAAGAGAGCACGAGCAGCUCAGAGCACUUCGAGAUGUUACGUUGAAACACCCACGUGGUUUAAUGAGUACCCCUCCAGAGGAGGGCCAGCUCCUGCAUCUAUUAAUCAAGCUCAUGAAUGCGAAGAAGACGAUAGAGCUCGGGGUCUUUACGGGCUAUUCGCUCCUUUGCACCGCCCUCGCUUUGCCAGAAGAUGGAAAGGUUACUGCCAUUGAUAUCAAUAAAAAAGACUACGAGAUCGGAUUGCCAUUCAUUAAGAAGGCCGGCGUGGAGAAGAAGAUUGAUUUUAUUGAAGCAGAAGCACUUCCCAUUCUUGACAAAAUGUUACAAGAGGGAAAGGAGGAAGGAUCAUUCGACUUUGCAUUUGUGGAUGCGGACAAGGAGAACUACAACCAGUACCAUGAACGGCUGAUAAAGCUUGUUAAGGUUGGUGGGGCCAUCGCUUAUGAUAACACGCUCUGGUUCGGGACCGUAGCAGAGCCAGAGAAAUAUAUCUUGCCAGAGGAAGUAAGUCAAAACAUGAAUUGCCUGGUGAAUUUGAACAAGUUCUUGGCUUCCGAUUCUAGGGUUGAGAUUUCACAAAUUUGCAUCGGUGAUGGUCUCACUCUCUGUCUUCGCAUUUCUUGACCGUUCAUCAGGCAUUCAUCCAUCCAUGGUGAUGCGCAUUGAAGGCUUGAAUAUAUAAUCUUUUUAACAUUUUGCACCUCAUGUAGCCCUGGAAAGAACGUAGUAAUAAGAAAACCAUGUGACAAAGACUAA